AUGUUGAAUCCCAAGACUAAGCAUUUCGAGUUUAACGGUGUGGUCGGUGCCGUGGCCAUCUCCGUGGGGCUGCCUAUAUUCACAGUGUUCCUGAACCAGAUGGUCAGACCCGAGUACUACAUCGAGGGCUGGUUCAGCAAUUUCAAUCUGGAUAAGGUGUUCAGCGGGCUGCACUCGCUGGACUACUACUUCGUUGACCGCUGGGACCUGUGGGUGUACUACUUGACAUGGUACUUCGUGCUGGCGUUCCUGGACGUGGUCUUGCCCGGCAGAGUCAUGGAAGGUGUCGAGCUAAGAGACGGCACUAAGUUGAAGUACAAGAUCAACGGUGUCGCUCUGUCCACUUUCAUGGUCGUGGUGGUAGCUAUGCGUUGGCAAUUGACCCAGGGUAGAGUGCCCGAGUUGCAAUUCCUGUAUAAGAAUCACGUGGACAUCUGUGUUAUAGCCAUCUUAUUCUCCGCGCUGCUGGCUACUUACUGCUACAUUGCCAGCUUCGUUCCUCUACUGAUCAACUCACCAAAUGGCGUCGGCACUAAUGAGAAGAUCCUGGCUCUAGGUGGUAACUCCGGCAACCCAAUUUACGAUUGGUUUAUCGGCCGUGAGUUGAACCCUCGCAUCGGUCCGCUGGAUUUGAAGAUGUUCAGUGAGUUGAGACCAGGUAUGCUGCUGUGGUUAUUGAUCAACUUGUCCUGUCUGCAUCAUCACUACUUGAGAACUGGCACUUUCAAUGAUGCUUUGGUGCUAGUGAACUUGUUGCAAGGCUUCUACAUCUUCGAUGGUGUGUUAAACGAAGAAGGUGUGCUAACAAUGAUGGAUAUCACAACUGAUGGUUUCGGGUUCAUGCUUGCCUUCGGUGAUCUGGCAUUGGUCCCAUUCACUUAUUCUCUGCAAGCCAGAUAUUUGUCUGUCUCGCCUAUUGAAUUGGGUCUUCCAAGAGUUAUCUUCAUUGUUGGCGUGAUGGCCCUAGGUUUCUACAUCUUCCGUAGCGCCAACAAGCAGAAGUCUGACUUCAGACAAGGUAACCUACCACACUUGAAGAGUAUUCAGACUAAGAGAGGCACAAAGCUUCUUGCGGACGGCUGGUGGGCAAAAUCUCAGCACAUCAACUACUUCGGGGACUGGUUGAUCUCCUUGAGUUGGUGUCUAACCACCUGGUUCCAAACUCCUUUGACGUACUACUACUCCCUAUACUUCGCUACUUUGCUGCUGCAUAGACAACAAAGAGAUGAGCAUAAAUGUAGAGAGAAGUACGGUGAGAACUGGGCAGAGUACGAAAAGCAAGUGCCAUACAAGAUAAUCCCAUAUGUGUAUUAA